UAGUAGAUAAGGUAAUGACUCAGAAUCACACACACAAGAAUGAUCAUUCAUAUAUUCAUAUAAUAUCUUGAGUCUUCAUUAUUCUCAUCACAUUUAUUUGUAGAAAGAAAAUGGCUCAAGCUAUGGCUUCAAUGGCUGGUUGCAUACGUGGCUCAUCAUCAACUCAAGCUGUUUUGGAAGGAAGUCUUCAAUUGAGUGGCUCAAACAGGUUGUUACAUAGUAACAACAACAGCAACAAGGUAACACGUUCUGCUUCAGUGGCAGUUAGAGCACAACAACAACAAGUUUUUGAAGGACAAAGUAGCAGAAGAGCAAUGAUUGGUGUUGUUGCAACUGGUUUGGUCUCAGCUUCUUUUGUUCAAGCUGUUCUUGCUGAAGCCAUACCCAUUAAAGUUGGUGGCCCUCCUCCACUUUCUGGUGGCCUUCCUGGAACACUGAACUCAGAUGAAGCAAGAGACCUUAAGUUACCAUUGAAAGAAAGGUUUUAUCUUCAACCAUUGACACCAAGUGAGGCAGCACAAAGGGCUAAAGAAUCAGCUAAGGAAAUUGUUGGUGUUAAGAAGUUCAUUGACCAGAAAGCUUGGCCAUAUCUUCAGAAUGAUCUUCGUCUAAGGGCUAGCUAUCUUAGGUAUGAUCUUAACACUGUCAUCUCUGCAAAGCCUAAGGAUCAGAAAAAGUCUCUCAAGGAACUUACUGGAAAGCUCUUCCAGGAUAUCACCAAUCUGGAUCAUGCAGCAAAAGUUAAGAGUGCUCCAGAAGCAGAGAAGUACUAUGCUAUAGCUGUAUCUACUCUGAAUGAUGUUCUUAGCAAAAUUGGUUAAUAUGAAUGCUUUUUUUGCUUUCUUUUUCUUGUGUAACCUUUGUCUAUGGUUUUCUAAGAUACUUAUGUUAUAAUUUGCUAUAUGAAGAAAAUCAAAUGAGAGAAAAUUUGCAAUAAGCAAGCAUGACAUGCAAUUCUUAAGGUUGUUUUCUUUUA